AUUGGUCAGAAGCCGGUACAGUUCGUUGCGCCGCAUGGUCUGUGCGAGCUGUGAUUGGAUAUGACGCUAGGUGUAAGGCGGAAGGUCUGCCGUGUCAUUCCUAAUAUAAAUCCAGCUCUGCCCCGGCGAGCGGUGCUGAGCAUUAAACUCAUCAGAGCUCCGUAGGAACAUUUAAUUUCACAAGAAUUGACGUCGCACUCAGGAUGCCUGGCUCAGCCCCAAUCAGUUGCUUGGGACCGUGGCCCAAAGAUGUGGGCAUCAUUGCCAUGGAGUUGUACUUCCCGUCCCAGUGCGUGGACCAAGCCGAGCUGGAACAGUUUGAUGGCGUACCAGCAGGGAAAUACACCAUAGGCCUGGGGCAAGCUCGCAUGGGUUUCUGCUCCGACCGAGAGGACAUCAACUCUCUGUGCUUGACCGUCGUCCAGAGGCUGAUGGAGAGGAACAGCCUGUCCUACGACAGCAUCGGCCGGCUGGAGGUGGGCACCGAGACCAUCAUCGACAAGUCCAAGUCGGUCAAGACCGCCCUCAUGCAGUUGUUUGAGGACUCUGGCAACACAGAUGUGGAAGGCAUUGACACAACCAACGCCUGCUACGGUGGCACAGCUGCUCUCUUCAAUGCUGUGAACUGGGUGGAGUCCAGCUCAUGGGAUGGACGUUACGCUUUGGUGGUUGCAGGAGACAUUGCCGUCUACGCCACAGGAAGUGCGCGACCUACGGGGGGUGCUGGAGCAGUGGCCAUGCUGGUCGGGCCUAAUGCUUCUUUGGCGUUUGAACGAGGUCUGCGGGGAACCCACAUGCAGCACGCGUAUGACUUCUAUAAGCCAGACAUGGUGUCUGAAUACCCCGUGGUGGACGGCAAGCUGUCCAUCGAAUGCUACCUCAGUGCCUUGGACCGCUGCUACUCCGUGUAUCGCAACAAAGUCCACGCACAGUGGCAAAGAGAGGGUUCAGAUAAGCGCUUCAGCCUGGAGGACUUUGGGUUUUUAGUCUUCCACUCUCCUUACUGCAAGCUGGUACAGAAGUCGUUUGCUCGACUGAUGCUGAACGACUUCCUGAACCACCCCAGCCCCGACACGGAGACGGGGCACUUCGCAGGCCUGGACGCCUUCAGAGAUGUCAAACCAGAAGAGACAUAUUUCGAUAGGGACGUGGAGAAGGCCUUCAUGAAGGCCAGUGCGGAGCUGUUUGAGAGGAAGACCAAGCCGUCCUUGCUCAUCUCCAAUCAGAACGGGAACAUGUACACGCCGUCCGUCUACGGCUGCCUGGCGUCCGUCAUUGCCGACCAGCUACAUCCCUCAAAGCUCCGUGGAGGAUCUGUUCCCGGGGACGUGGUACUUGACUCGAGUGGACGACAAACACCGCAGGGAGUACGCUCGCAGACCUCUGGAUGAUGACCUGCCGUCAGAACCAGAACGUGUUCGCUCCAGUGCAGCUGCUGAGCACAUCCCCAGUCCAGCCAAGAAGAUGCCUCGCAUCCCUGCAGCCACAGCUGGACCUGAGGCCACCAGCAGCAACUGAGAGCCAGUCUUCUUCUGACGGUGUCCCCGGUCCAACAAAGGUGGAGAAAACGACAGUUACAUGAACCUAGAGCUCAACUGGACAAUAAGAGGACAGGAUCACAACCUUUUAAACUUCACACAGAGGAGGCGGUGGUUUGUAGAGAUCCACUCCCGCAGGUCAGAACGUUACAACAGCCAGAUAUCAAACUCCACGCUCGACCAGGCCGUCCCUCGUUUUUAGUUUGUCCAAGAAAUCCUCAUUUCAGAUCUUACAUUUGAAUGUAUUUUAGCUUCUCGUUUAAGCAGAACGAACAGUUGCAUUCACAAACGCUGCGCAUGGCGUUGGCUGCUGCCAGCCUGUGGAAAGAAAUUCAAAAUAACUUUACUGAAAUCUUCCUCCAGCUCAUCAGGAAAAAAAACCAGAAAGACUGCCUCCACAU